GAAGGAGGAGGAAAGGAAGGAAAAAAAAACCCCAAGGCGAGGAGGGAGUGUGGGUGGGGAAAGCGACGCCUCUGUUCUCCUUCCUUCCUUCCUUCUUCCUCUCUCUCCUUCUCUUGAGGCUCAGGCGGCAUCUCCGCCCUCGCCAUAACCGAGAAGGCAGCGAGAGAGCGGGGUCUGGGGUCUGGGCGCCUGUCUCUUGGAAGGGAGAAGGGAGCGAUGCGGAGGGGAGGAAAAUGGCAGAGCUGCAGAUGUUACUAGAGGAGGAAAUCCCUUCUGGGAAGCGGGCUCUGCUUGAGAGCUACCAGAACCUCACCAGGGUCGCCGACUACUGCGAAAACAACUACAUCCAGGCUCCAGACAAGAGGAAAGCAUUAGAAGAAACCAAAGCUUAUACAACUCAAUCUUUAGCCAGUGUUGCUUAUCAGAUCAAUGCAUUGGCCAACAAUGUGCUCCAACUACUGGAUAUCCAAGCAUCCCAGCUCCGGAGAAUGGAGUCAUCAAUCAAUCACAUUUCCCAGACGGUGGACAUCCAUAAAGAGAAGGUGGCCCGUAGAGAAAUUGGCAUUUUGACGACCAAUAAAAAUACAUCCAGAACACACAAAAUCAUUGCUCCUGCAAAUAUGGAGCGUCCUGUAAGGUAUAUUCGAAAACCUAUAGACUACACGGUGUUGGAUGAUGUGGGCCAUGGUGUAAAGUGGCUAAAAGCCAAGCAUGGAAACAAUCAGCCUGCAAGAACUGGCACUUUGUCAAGAACAAAUCCGCCUACACAAAAACCACCAAGUCCUCCCAUGUCAGGCCGGGGAACUUUGGGGCGGAAUACUCCAUAUAAGACUUUGGAGCCCGUUAAGCCACCAACAGUCCCUAAUGAUUACAUGACCAGUCCGGCAAGACUUGGAAGCCAGCACAGUCCUGGAAGGACAGCAUCGUUGAACCAGAGACCCAGAACACACAGUGGUAGUAGUGGAGGAAGUGGCAGUCGAGAAAACAGCGGAAGCAGCAGUAUUGGCAUUCCCAUUGCCGUGCCUACACCCUCGCCACCAACUGUUGGCCAAGCUCCACCAGCACCUCCAGUGCCCCCGCCUCUCAUGAUGGGCAAUAUGAUAGCUGUUCCUGGGUCAGCUCCUGGUUCCCAGUACGGCACAAUGACCAGGCAGAUUUCCCGACACAACUCUACUACUUCCUCGGCCUCUUCUGGUGGAUUUAGGCGGAAUCCUUCUGUGACCGCUUCAUUUUCUGCUCAACCUCAUGUUAAUGGCGGGCCUCUCUAUUCUCAAAAUUCAAUUACUAUUGCUCCGCCCCCUCCCCCUAUGCCUCAGUUGACUCCACAGAUACCUCUCACAGGCUUCGUGGCCAGGGUGCAGGAAAACAUUGCCGACAGUCCAACUCCGCCUCCGCCACCUCCACCUGAUGAGAUGCCUAUGUUUGAUGACUCCCCUCCACCUCCACCUCCACCUCCAGUGGACUAUGAAGAUGAAGAAGCUGCAGUAGUGCAGUACAAUGAUCCAUACGCAGAUGGAGAUCCUGCUUGGGCACCUAAAAGCUAUAUCGAAAAAGUUGUUGCCAUAUAUGACUACACAAAGGACAAGGAUGAUGAGCUGUCAUUCAUGGAGGGUGCAAUCAUUUAUGUUAUCAAGAAGAACGAUGACGGCUGGUAUGAAGGCGUUUCCAACAGAGUGACUGGCCUGUUUCCUGGAAACUAUGUUGAAUCAAUCAUGCACUAUGCGGAUUAAGGUCCCUCUUCAGGCCAGGUCUUGUAUUCAAUCAUGCCAUAAUUAUUUACAAAGGGUAAACUUAAAAGGUUAACACUUGUCUUAAUACUCUUUUAAAACGUGCCCAUCUUUCCAGGCCAUACUGUUUAAAUGGUAUGAUUGAAUGUUCAUCCGUAAGCAUUUGUCUCUACAGAGUUUGUAAAACGAGCAACUGUUUAUUACUGAUUAUGCUUAUUUACUUAAUGCAUUGUUGAUUUCUAUGGCCAGCCUAAAUAUUCUGGGGAAGUAGGGUAUAUAAUAUUUAAUGACUCAUGAUUCAAAUUGUGCCAUUACUUUUUUUUCAGUGCAGCAUGGUAAACUAACAACUAUGUUAGACUAACUUUAAAUCUGGUUGGAAAUUUUUGAUAGUGCUGGUCAUUUACCUUUGUUUAGAUUUCUGCUCAUCCUCCAAGUAUAGUAUUCAUUUAAAAGCAUGCAUACAAACUUAUGUAUUGAAUUAUACUUUUUUUCCAGAAAAAUCCAAGAUGCUUCCAAUUUGUUGUAAUCUUUUACCUGGAGUACUUUCACUAAAAGUUUAUUCCAAUGAGUCAUUUGAGUUUCUGAGGUGUUCAUGUGAAUCAAAGAUGGGUGGUCUUAUGAUGUGUAUGUACUUUGUACCUGAGGUUUAUUUUUUUUUAAUUUUUUUGGAGUAAAAUUGCAUUGAAUUUUCCAUUCAUAAAAUACAUAAGUGAACCAAAGGUCUUGUCCAUUACGUCUGUUGGCUUGCCUUGCAAAGCAAUAUUAAAGCAGCGAUUUAGCAAACUUCCCCCUUCUCAGCAGGGUUGCCAUUUGAUUACAAGUCUGCAAUGAAAAAUCCCCUUAAAGCAGUGGUUCUCAACCUUCCAAAUACCGCGACCCCUUAAUACAGUUCCUCAGGUUGUGGUGACCCCCAACCAUAAAAUUAUUUAAUUAUAUAAUUAUUUCUACUUCACAACUGUAAUUUUGCUACUGUUAUGAAUUGUAAUAACAUCUGAAAUGCAGGACGUAUUUUCAUUUACUGGACAAAAUUUGGCACAAAUACUCAAUAUGCCCAAAUUUGAAUACUGUUGGGGGUUGAUUUGUCAUUUGGGAGUUGUAUUUGCUGCGAUUUAUAGUUAACCCGCAAUCAAAGAGCAUUCUAAUCUCCACCAGUAAUAGAAUUGAACCAAACUUGGCACACAGCAUACCCAUGCCCAACAGAAAAUACUGGAAGGGUUUGUUGGACAUUGACCUUGAGUUUUGGAGCUCAAUGUAGCUACAUCCAGAGAGCACUGUGGACCCAAACAAUGAUGGAUUCGGACUAAACUUGGCAUGAAUACUCAAUAUGCCCAAAUGCAAACACUGGUGGAGUUUUGGGAAAAUAGACCUUGACAUCUAGGAGUUGUAGUUACUGGAAUUUAUAGUACACCUACUAUCAAAGAGCAUUCUGAACUCCACUAAUGACAGAAUUUGGUCAAACUUUCCACACAGAAAUCCCAUGACCAACAGAAAAUACAUUGUGACCCCCCGUCCCUCAGGUUGAGAAACGCUGCCUUAAAGGAAAAAGAAGUUUCUUUAUGUAAAAUUGCACAACUCCUAAGCUUCAUUUUUUGUGACUGGAAAUGAUGACAUCAGAAGACUACCACUUAUGCCUCUUUGAAUAGUUAGUGUCAGGACAAGCACGGUAAUAACAGGGUUGCGGGGGAUUUGUUUUUCUUCAUUUACCACAUCACUUAAGCGUUGUCCAUUUAACUAUGAAGGUCUCAUAUCCUGCUGAAAGUGAAACUGCAUCAGUGGAGGGAUUUGCUACUGACUUGUCCACAUUCACUGUACUGAAGUAGAUUACUGGGGUGGGGGUUAGAUGUCUCUAUGAAUAAUACGCAGAACCUGUGGGCCCAGAUGGAGGUGAGCAAUAUCAGAGAUGCUUAUCCAUGCAUCUCCUUGAGAGGAGCCAAUAUCAGCUCACCUAGGUUAGGACACAAGCUGUCACAGUUUAUUUUGCUCCUUUGAGAAAGUGUGCACUUUGACACCUCCAUUUUGAGCAUGAGGUCAGCCGAAAUUUCUAGUUUGUUUGUACAAAAUUUGUAUUACUUAGAUACUCUAAGACAGACUAUGAUUUAGGAAGGGAUUUGUUUCUUUUUAUUUAGGAAACCUGUAUUUGGGGCAUUCAGUGCUGCUCUGAUGGAUAUUAAGCAGGUGUACUGGAUGUGUGAAAGCGGUUGCAAUUAUUUUCUAGUGUGACAUUAAACACUGAAGGAGUCCUCGUCUCCUUACCUUAAAAAAAUCUAAUUAUAUUCAAUGCUUUUUUGCCUUUUCCUAAUUGUUAACAUGUUAUUUCUGAGAAGAAUUAGCAUCCCAUAAAAUCUCUGUAUUUCCCUUUAUAAAUUGGACCAUCUCUUCAUCUGUAUAUAACCUGUUUUAAUUACAAAAUUUUAUGUACAGUCUUUUAUAAUAAACCGAUCUCCUUUAAUUUUCUGGGUACUCUGAGAUUCUAACAGGCAAUUAGGUCACUCAAGGUAUUUUUGUAGUCCCAGCAACACACCAGGGAUUACAGAAAUGAGUUUUUUCAUCACAUUGAUUGUAUUUAUUCUUUGUGGCCUUCAGUGUCAAUAUUGAACAAUGUAAACAGUGCCCAGUGAAACAAGAACCCUCCUUGUAAAAAAAGAGAAAAAAAGAAGAGAGACCACGCAGACACAGGGCAUUGCUACCAGCUUAACAGACAGAUCAUGUUUUCAUCUUUUUGUAUGGCUUCCUUCAAUAAAACAUUUGUACUUCAUAUAAA